AUGGCAGAUAAUCAUCCCAACGAUGAGGCUCCUCUCCCAGCCGUCAUCCAGAACACUUCAUCUCUGAAUCAAGAUGAAAUUUUCUUUUGUAACCCAGAAAGGAGCCCUGGAAGUUGCUUUCUCCUCCCACAUGGAACUCGUGUAUACAACAAGUUGAUUGAAUUCAUUAAGAAAGAAUAUCGGAAAAGGGAUUACGAAGAGGUCAUUUCACCAAACAUUUACAAUAUGGAAAUAUGGGAAGAAUCCGAAGAUGCUGCAAAGUAUAAGGAAAAUAUGUUCGCAUUUGAUAUUGAUAAACAAGAGUUCGGGGUCAAAUCUAGCAAUGGCCCUGGUCACUGCUUGAUUUUCAAACACGGAGUUCGGUCCUAUAAAGGAUUACCCCUUAGACUGGCUGAGUUUGGAGUGUUACAUCGAAAUGAAGCAAGUGAAGCUCUCAGUGGUUUGACCCAUGCCCGACGUUUCCAACAGGAUGAUGCACACAUAUUCUGUACAAAGGAACAGGUUGUAAACGAAGUCAAAGAUGUAUUGUAUUUUGUUGACUAUGUUUACAAAAAAAUUGGCUUUACCUAUGAGCUAAAUAUCUUAACGAGGUCAGAGGAAAUCACUGAAGAUUUGCAAAGAUGGGAGGAAGGUGAAAAUUAUCUUGCAGAAGCAUUACAAGAAUUUGGAAAGCCAUUCACUGUGAACAGAGGAGAGGGUGCAUGGUGUGGCCCAAAGAUAGACAUAACAUUGUCUGAUGCAAUGAAAAGGAAAUUUCAAUGUGCUAGUAUACAGCUGGAUUUUAAACUUCCGGCUCUCCGCAAAUUGGAAUACACAACUAAGGUUGAAGGGGUCAUGGAAACACCUGUUAUGAUACAUAGAACGGUGUUGGGAUCUAUAGAGCUUAUGAUUGCUAUAUUGCUAGACCAUUACCAAGGAAAAUGGCCUUUCUGGCUUAGUCCAAAGCAAGUCAUAGUUUGCUCUUCGUCAAACAAUGAGAAUCAACGUUCCUACGCAGAAGAGGUGGGAAGACAGAUUCAUGACGCUAGGUACCAUGUUGAUGUUGACAUAACAGACAGAAACAUCACUGAGAAGGUGGCAGAAGCUACGAUCGCGCAGUACAACUACAUACUAGUUGUUGGUGAUGAACAAGUUACAACGAGACAGGUGACUGCUCUGCUAAGAGACUCAAGCUAUUUAGACCGUCCAAUGAUGAGUGUUGACGCUCUGCUCCAUGAGCUCAAUCAAGCUCAGGAUUGUUAA